UCCAUGAUCCCUUCCAGAGUGAAUUCCUUCAACUCAGCCACUUACGAGUGAAGAACCAGCAACAGCUGCUCAACAUGAAGCUGGUCAUUGUCCUCAUGCUGGCUGCCCUCCCCCUUUACUGCUAUGCAGGUUCUGGCUGCCAGCUUCUGGAGGACGCAGUAGAACACACCAUCGAUCCAGAAGUGUCUGUGGAUGAAUACACAGAGUAUCUUGACCCGUACAUCCACUCGGAUGCAACCAAAGAGGCCGUGGAAGAGUUCAAACAGUGCUUCCUCAGCCAGAGCAAUGAGACCCUGGCCAACGUUAGAGUCAUGGUGCAAGCAAUAUACGACAGCGUCUACUGUGCCCCUUUCUAACUGUCACAAGACCAUCGGCCCCAGACUGUAAUCGACCACAACUUCCUUUUUUAAUUUUCACUUUGAUUAGUAAUUUGCAAGACAAUUGUUGAAGCCUGAAGUACAGUCAAUUUCAAUAAAAUCAUUGCAAAAA